AUGAAUAUCGCUAUAUCCGGUGUGAUGCACGUCGUCAAACAGAACCUUCUCAUUCCAGGAACCGGCGGGCAAACGAUGCUUUCCCGUGCUUAUGCGUUCUGCCGGCAAUGCGCCUUCUUCUCAUGUAGCAGACCAGUAGCUACCGACAAAACGGUGAAGAUGUGGAUAGAUGGGCGCCCUGUAGAGUCGAAGACGAAUGAGUGGAUUGAUCUAACUAAUCCCGCAACAAAUGAGAUCAUUGGGCGAGUUCCAAAGUGCACAAAGUCUGAGAUGGAGGCGGCUGUCAAUUCAGCUAAGAGCGCCUUUAACGCAUGGAAAAAGAUUUCACCUCUAGCGCGACAGCAGACCAUGUUCCGACUUCGAGAUCUGAUUAUGCGGGACGCUAAAAAGUUGGUCGAGAAAACCAUACAAGAAAAAGGAGUGACGGUUGCUGAAGCGGAGAGCGACGUUGGAAGAGGAGUUAAGCUAAUCGAACAUGCAUGCACUACGCCAGAGCUCAUGCUUGGAGAGACUCUACCAAAGUGGGCUUCUUCAUCCGUUCGCUUAUUCUUACUCGUCUACGUUUCUUACUCGUUUACGUUUACUCGUCUUUCAAAAGAGUGUAUUUACAGCGCCUCACGCGAUUUGGAUGUUCUAUCAUUUCGAUAUCCAUUGGGAGUCUGUGCCGGUAUCAUGCCAUUCAACUUCCCAGUUACAAUUCCCCUGAUGACUUUCACUCUCGCACUCGCUGCCGGAAACACCAUGUUGAUCAAGCCUUCAGAACAAGAUCCUGGACCAUGCUUGAUGCUUGCUGAAAUAGCAAAGGAGGCUGGAUUUCCUGAUGGAUGCCUCAACAUUAUUCAUGGUCAGCACGACACCGUUAACUUUAUCUGCGAUCAUCCCGAUAUCAAAGCAAUCUCGUUCUUUGGAGGUGAUAACGCAGGUAAACACAUUUAUGAGCGUGGUGCUCGCAAUGGAAAGCGUGUGCAGUCGAACCUAGGAGCUAAAUGCCAUGGAGUUAUAAAUGUUGCUGCUUUCUAUAUGGCUGGACAACGCUGCAUGGCACUUUGUACUGCCGUCCUUGUUGGGAAGACUCGUUCUUGGGUCAACGACAUUGUUGAGAGGGCUAAGAAGUUUAAAGUCAAUGCAGGAUGGAUAGAUGGAGCUGAUAUUGGACCAGUGAUCUCAAAGGCAUCGAAGGAGCACAUUCUUGGUCUCAUUGCUAGCGCGAAGAAGGAGGGUGCUAAUGUCGUGCUUGAUGGAAGCGAAAUCGUUGUUCCCGGCUUUGAGAAUGGCUACUUUGUCGGUCCGACCGUAAUCACCGGAGUUAAGACUAAUAUGACGUGCUAUAAGAAGGAGAUUUUCGGGCCGGUUCUCCUCCUCAUGGAAGCUGAAACUUUGAAUGAUGCCAUUGACAUUCUGAACAAGAACCCCUAUGGAAAUGGUGCUGUCAUUUUCACGUCCAACGGCGCUGUUGCGAGAAAGUUCAUCAACGACGUCGAAAGCGGACAUAUCGGUGUAAAUGUGCCUGUGCCUAUACCCUUGCCCACGUUUUCUUUCACAGGAUGGCGUGGUUCAUUCAGAGGCGACUUGAACUACUCCGGAAGAACCGGACUCCAGUUCCACACGCAGUGGAGGACCGUCACGCAACACUGGGGCGAGAACCUAGCCGAUAUGAAGCGUCAAAGAUCCUAUAUUGAAUAG